GCAAACCCGUCACAGUGCCCACAAGCCACAGGUCCUACAUCGUGCAGACUCCUCCAGUUCCCGCGAAAACCGUGAUGCACCGGAGUAGCUCUGCUGCUGGGCAGCUGGUCACUGAACCCAUCACUGGGCGGUUGCAGGCUCCGCCCGGCAUGCCGCGUUUGGCCAGUUGCGAGGCGUCGGCUCCGACCAGCGCCGCUUCGAGCUCUCGGCUUCCAUCUAAAGAGGUCGAGCCCGACGAACGGCCGGCGGUGCUGGAGCGUCUGAAGGUCUUGUUGGCCGACCCGGGCAUCGUGGCCAAGACGCUCAAGUCGUGUUAUGAAGCAGUUGGAGGUCUCCCUCAAGGCCAAGUGCCAUGUGAUGCAGCCGUGAAAGCGUUGGUCACGGCGCAUUCCAUGCUGCUGAAGGGGCUGUCCUCCACGUCCAUUAGCGAGGCCAAGUGGCGGAGCUUGCUGAAAAAAGCUGGCAUCUAUUCUCCAGAGGAGGGCGUCACAUUGGAUCAGCUGCGGGAAGUGCAGGCGCAGACCUUGGGCUCAUUGCGAGACUGUUUUGCACCGAAGCAGCUCCUAAGGAGCAUGCGGCGCGUGCCGAGGAGUGAGCCGAGAUUGAAGGAUCGCUAUGAGUGCUUUGAAUUCCGGGCCAAAGCUGCCCUUGGCAAGGUCUUCCGGUGCCGCCACAUUGAGUCCCAGAGCUUAGCGGAAGUGCGGCAGAUCCGCAAGGACAAGGUUUGUGUGCCAAUGGACUACAUCCGAACCAGCUUGCACCGCAUCAGCGAGCUGAACCAUCCCAACGUGCCUCGCUUGGUGGAUUGCCUCGAGGAGAAGAGCGUCGUGUCGCGGUGUUGCGGAAGAAACGCAGAGUGA